AUGAAUUAAUCAACCAAAAACUUGAAGAAAUCUGUAAUUUAAGAUCAAAAAGUAGAUGACAAUCAAUAAAGAAAGAAAAAUUAAGAGAACUUGAAGAUUCCUCUCAAUUUAUAUCGCUCCUAUACAAGAAUUACAUAACAAUCACUUUUAGAGGAGAUUGCUCCCAUGAUGUCUUAAAUUGAAUUUCUAAAAAAGAACUGCCCUGAAGGAACGAAAAUAGAAGAAUUUGCUGCUCAGGCUUGUUCAUAUUUCAAAUAUGAAUAAUUUAGCAAAGGACAAAUUGUUUUUAAUUAUGGGGAAUAUGGAGACAAAGUUUAUUUAAUAUUACUUGGAGAGGUUGGAGUCUUCAUAUCAAAGUCAUAGGAAGAAAUUGCAAAUGAUCGAGAUGUAAUUGAAACCUAUAAAAGUAACAUGAACCCAUUUGAAGAAGAAGUAUUAGAUUAUGAAGCUUUAUUUAAAAAGAAAAAAAGGCCUCAAGACCUUUAAAUGGAAUUACUAUUAGCUUCUUAAAGGAAUCCAUUCGAAAUCAAUAAUAUGUAUUUCAAAGAUGGAAUUUGUCUUUAUAAAAAAGUCUUUUAAUUUUACUCAGGUUAAGCCUUCGGUGAUAUGGCAUUAUCUUCUGAUAAACCACGUACUGCAAGCAUUUUAGUUUUAUCUGAUGAACUUCAUGUUUUAACUAUGAAUAGACAAGAUUUUAAAAGCGUUGGAGAAAGAUCUAUCAAGGAAAAGAAUCAAACUUUUGAAUACUUUUUAAUAAAUUUAUUGUUACCAAGUUUAUUUAAUAUUUUUAAAAAAUUGAAUUUGCCCCAUAAACCAUUUUUAUGGAAGGAGGGAGAUGAACCUAAAUUCUUUUUAUUGAUUGUUAGAGGAAGAGUCGAAAUUUAUAGAUCUUACGAUGAAGAUACUUUGCAUGGCAAGAUUAAAGAACCCUCUAUAUUCUAAUCAAAAAUAAAACCUAAAAAAAAAGUUACUCUUUCUUAACUUUCCGAUAACUCUUUUGUCGGAGAAGCAGAACUCAUAGACAACAACCCUGUGAGACUCUAUUCUUGUAUGACUUCUGAUAAUACUCUUGCUUAUUAUAUGGAAAGAAAAAUCAUCCUGAUUUUCUUAAAAUUUUAAAAGAGAAGUCUUUUGUAAUAAAGUCUUACUUAUAAAGAAGGGAGAAGUACCUAUUCGAAAACAUUCCAAAAACGACUAGCUGACGAAUUGGAAAAAUUACAGUAUCCUGAUUCUACCAAUACUGAAAGAGUCACAAUAGACGAAUUGUAUAGAGACACUAGCACACUUAACUCUAAGAUUCUGAGAUCUCAAUAGAAAGGAAUGUUCACAACUACUGAUAUUGUCAAUUCCAAUAAUUUAAUUAGUACAGAAGAUUACUCCAUAGACUGA